AUGCUAAAGGUGUUCUGCCAUGCAAGCGACUCCAAAGACUCUGAUCAGCCCGACUGGGAAUAUGCAAUUCGAAACGGCAUGCCAAUGAUUCAAAGGGUACUUCUGGAGAAGGGUAUCAAUGACCUUUCAUCCUCUUGGUACGCUGCUCCAGCACCGGAGCAAGCACCUCUCAAACAAGAUUGCCGACCCCUUACUCUGGGAAUUGGUACCCUGGGAAGACUGGAGACCCUUCAAUUCGAGGAUGACUGGGUUGCUGCUGAGCCUCUUGGAGCUGACGAUGUUGAGAUUACAGUCAGAGCUGCCGGCCUGAGCUCCCAGGACCUUAUGGUCGCCAUGGGACAACUGUCCCGGUCCGGACUUGGGGUCGAUUGUGCCGGUAUCAUCCGCCGGGUCGGCCGCAAUGUCAAAACACUUGAGCCGGGUACUCCUGUAAUGACCUGGAAACUGGGCACCUUCGGUAACAUUGCCCGGGCACCAGCAACUAUGGUACAGCACGUUCCGGACGGAAUGGACCUCACUACGGCUGCCUCGCUCCCUCUUAUCUAUAGCACUGCGCUGUACUCUCUAUCGACGGUCGCUCGCCUCAGACCCGGAGAGACGAUUUUGAUCCAUGGAGCAGCCGGAGGUGUAGGUCAGGCAGCGAUCAUGCUGGCACAGUCCAUUGGGGCCACCGUUUUCGUCACAGUUUCGUCGGAAGCAAAGAAAAAUUUGCUGACAGCCACGUAUGGGAUUCCAGAGUCACACGUUUUCAAUAGCCGCGAUGAUUCAUCCUUUGUACAGGGAGCGAUGCGUCUGACAGAUGGUCACGGAGUUGAUGUGGUGCUGAAUUCUCUUGCUGGAGAAGCACUGCGUACCAGCUGGGGAGCCAUUGCCCGCUUUGGGCGCUUCGUGGAGCUCGGUCAACGGGACAUCGCAGGCAACACAGGCCUGGACAUGGCCCCCUUCCUCCGGAACGUGUCCUUCCAUUCCGUGAACAUGCUGGACCUGCUUGACUGGGAUGUAGCAACGGCAUCUCGAGUGUUUGCUGACGCUGUCGACCUAUUGCGUCGCCAGAUCGUGAAACCGAUUGCACCCAUCCAGGUCAUGCCAUUCUCACAGGUUGAAGAGGCAUUUCGUCUGCUGCAAACAGGCGCACAUAUUGGGAAAUUGGUUCUUGAGGUCCAGGAUGACGACCUUGUGUCUGUUGUCCCUGCGGCCGCUGCUCCGGUACGAUUCCGGUCAGAUGCUACUUACCUGAUUGCUGGUGGUGGUGGCGGUCUUGGUCGAGCUAUCGCUUUGUGGAUGGUAGGAAAUGGUGCUCGAAAUAUCUUGCUUCUUUCUAGAUCUGGGACCAAGAAGCCAGCAGCAAGAGACCUGGUAAGCCGAUUGACGGCCCAGGGAGCUCGAGUGGAUGCCUGGCCAUGCGAUGUAUCAAAUGAAGAGCAGGUCGCUGGGAUUAUUGAGCGAUGCCGGUUGGAAUCUUGGCCUCGAGUUCGGGGUGUGAUUCAGGGCGCGAUGGAUCUACAAGAUGCUCUCUACCAAAACAUGACUUACGAGCAGUUCACCGGGGCACUCCUGCCAAAGGUGAAUGGAACCUGGAACCUCCAUAAGCACCUUCCCGAGGACAUGGAUUUCUAUGUUCUUCUUUCAUCCGUCAUUGGAAUUGCUGGGUCUCCAUGCCAGGGCAACUACUCAGCCGGAAACACAUACCAAGAUGCGGUCGCCCACUACAGACGCAGCAAGGGCAUGGCCGCAUGUUCCAUCGAUGUCGGUAUGAUGCUCGGUGUAGGAUACAUAGCCGAACAGGGCACGGAGGGUCGAGUGCACGACAACGCCAAGGCAUGGAGUUUCCUGGGUAUUCACGAGCACGAGUUCAUCGGAAUCCUCGAAGCAACAAUCCGCGGCGAGAGCACGCCUGGCAGCGUGGUCCCACCACAGGUCAUCACCGGUCUUGGAACCGGCGGUAUGUUGAUGCAAAUGGGAGAGAAAUACCCCUGGUGGUUCAAGGAGAUGAAGUUCAGUCAUAUCAAGCGGGUUGGCGCGCAUCAGCAGUCCAACCAGGGUAGCGGGAAGGAUGAGAUUUCCGUGAGCACACAGCUCGGGAGAUGCCAAAGUCUGGAUGAGGCCAGCGAUAUUGUCACCGGAGCGCUGGUCAAGAAGCUGGCCAAAUCUAUGGUGGUUUCAGCGGAAGAUAUCGAGCCCUCCAAGCCUGUCAGUAGCUAUGGUGUUGACAGUUUGCUUGCUGUGGAGCUGCGCAAUUGGAUCUAUGCGGAUAUCAAGGCUGAAGUAUCUGUGUUUGAUCUCUUGAGUAGCGUGCCUAUCAUGUCUCUUGCAGGGAAGAUUGCUGGCACAUCUGAGAUGGUUCCUAAGUUUUCUGAUGAAUAG